AUGGACCAGUUCCACGACAGGCAUCACGUGCGGCUGCGGAGCUGCGUGCUCCGCACGUACCUCCACGCCGACCACGACGGGGAGCGCGUCUCCCUCAGCCGGCGCCGUGACUCGCUGAACACGGCGUGGGUGGUGCACAUCCACCAACUCGCCGACGGCCCGUACCUGCUCCUCCACAGCGCCGCCUACGGCCGCUACCUCGGCACCACGUUCAAGCCGGCGCCGCUCGGCCGCCACGGCUGCCGCACCGAGCAGCGCGACUACGACGACGAGCAGGACUUGAUGACCGUCAUGUGGAAGGCCGCCAGGGCGGGCUUCCGUGACAUCGUCCUGCUCCGCAGCGUCGCCGGCCGCUACCUCCGCGCCAACGGCAGGUACCUCCCCUGGAACACCGGUGUGACCGUCGACAACAAGGUCAGCGCCCUGAUGUACUGGACCGUCGAGCCCAUCCCCGCCAGAGAGGGUCCGCCUGGCCUCAAAGGCCCGAUUCACACCCCCAGCCCCGGAUACCACUCCCUCAUGCUCUGGCGCAAUCCGGUGGUGUCACGGCUGAUCCGGUUCAUGCUGUCCGAUCCCAACGGCCCCAUCUACACCCAGCACUGCUGGACCACGUUCCGGUUUAGGGGGAGGUCCGUGUUCCACCUGAGGGACGAGGUGGCCAGGCGCAUCGCCUUCGUCCUGGACGGGCGUCAGUCCUUCGACCUCGUAAUGUGCGUCCGAGCGGGCCGCCAGGGGCGUCUGACCCCACUCGUCGUCGACCUGCCCAGCAGCGGCUACGGUGAGACCCUCUGGAUUGUCGUCUUCAUGUCCUGGACCCCAGGUGAGAGCCACUCUCCGUGUCCUAACUUCCUAAUGAUCUCCUUCGUAAUGGUGGCAACAAGUGAACCUGUAAUCUUGACUCAAUUUACUAUGCGCGAUGUACAGAUUUUGGUUUAAAUGCCAUGAUCUUUUAGGUUUUAUUUUCUUUGUUAUAGGUGCUUGAUCAGUUUCCUGAAAAUGUUAUAGUCUGAGAAAAAGUUUACUGAAAUUGUUGUAGUCUAGAAAAACAGUUAUCUGAAACUGUUAGGAGUUGGUAAUUGUGGGCAACUGUUGUAGUCUUGUAUGUAGAUAUAAGUAAAGGAUGGUUAUUGGGGGGGAACAGAUCAUUCCAUAACAUGUUUACGCACAACCUAGAUAUGGGAAAGCAUUGGUUUCAUACUAUUCUCCUCGUUUCAGAUAAUUCAGUACCUCCAUUUGGUACUAUUUUUUGCCAUCAGUAAAAAAAACUAGUGUAAAGCUAUUGAAAAUUAUAUAACUUAAGAAGCCAAAUCAGCUCAUUAAUCUCUUUUCAGCCUUAGCAGAGAAGACUGAAAUAUCCUUCUGAUUUCGCCUGUUUUACUUGGGUUGAAUAACCUCUGAGCAAAAUUGAGGUUCAUACAUUACUAAAUUAUUAAAUCUAGUUCUACAUAUCGUAUUGUUUUCUGGUUUUGCACAUGAGCUGUAUUUCUAGUCUUGUAUUUUUUUUAUAAACUCUGAGAUUUGGAUUGCUGAUUUGCUUCAUACAAAUAUUCUUUGGCGAGAAAUAUUUUGGUGGUCUUGAAAUCAUGUAUUGCAGAAUGCACAGAUAUUUGGAGGAGGUUUGGAGUCUUACUGCAGCUGCAGCGGAGUGCUAAACUAAUCAUUCUUGGUAAAAGGAUUCUAUGAUAGUAGGUUUUAUUAGGACUUUGGAACUUGUCUGAAAAGUAAAAGUAGUUGAAUGGAAAUAUUAGGCGCCAUGUGGACUUAACAGUUUGUGCAUACAUGGCAAAACGUGGUCUGAAGCUAGUAGAAACUGCUGGUUCUACAUCACUGUUCUUGAUUCAGAUAAUUCAGUUUGUCCAUUACGUAACAUUUGCACUAGUUGAAAUUAUGAGACCUAAGAGGAAAAUCAUUUUGUAACAUAUGCCGCUCCUUGCACAUUAUACUGUUUCAGGUUUUGUCCUAUUGAUCUUGUUUGUUAUUUGGUCUUCGGCCUAACUGACUCAUUAUUUCUGCUAAUUCAGCUUAUGAUGUACUGCGACACCCAGAUGUCAACGCAGAGUAGAGAAAGAUCAGAGGAGGAGUCCUGUCAGUUCACCUCUUUAGAUGUUUCGCCGCCUCAGACACGAUGACAGCAGAUCUGGACCCGCACUUUUGCAUGUAGAUAGAUAUAGGUUCAGAAAACUCAGCAGCUCUCAAGUUUCUUCUGCUAGCUAAAACUUGCUCCGUUCUCUUGACAGUACAGGCCGAACCUGUCUGUUUUGGCCUUGCGGUUUUAUGAUUCAGAACUGCUGAAAGCGUUGCGUCCAGUGGUUGUAGUAGUCCUCAGGGUGUCGUUCUUAAGCAAUUCAUUCAUCUUUAUGAUGUGGUUGG